CAGCUCUGUUCAGGGCUGCAGCAAGCAUGUGUUUCAGUACACUGAUAAAGUCAGCGUGCUCUAAGAACGUGGACAAGAUAAAGGUGUCCCAGCAAUACCUAUUGUUCCCAUCCAGUUAGUCUGGUGAAAGGCAGCAUUUUCUAUGAAGAAAGCUUAUUCCAUAUGUUGCCAAAACACCAAGCUGCUCAGGCAUUACAAGGGGAGAGGGGAGAUGAGCCCUGUAGCGUUCACACAUGGUAAAUGUGACUUGUUUGCUAGCCCUUGUGACUUUGCCUUUUCUCUAAUAACUAUUGCUGGGCUUGCCUCCCGAGGAAAUUGAGUCCCUGUGAGAUCAGUCAGGUUGCCUGGUCCCUGGCACAGCCAUAAUUAGAUCAGUGCAAGUUUCUGACAUUUGCUGUCAUCCUUGGUCCGUCUUACAUGCUGCAUCGCCUUUGGCAUGGGAGAGACUUUUUUCUGUAAGAAAGAGGGAAGAGUUUUCCACUGAGUAUGGAAAUAGGUAUUUUUUCCUGCUGUGAGAGUUAGGAAUGAAGUCCUGGGGUAGGUCUGGUGGAGGUGAAGACCCCCCAGGUGAGAAGGUGUUGUUUGGGCUUGUUUUGGCUUCUUGCUGUGGGGGAAUGAUUGUGAUUAAUUGUGAUUAAACUUGUUACACCUGUCAUAGGGAUGUUUAGUGCCAGUGUGGUAGAACCUGCAGUGAGGUUCCCUCUCAGCUUUAUCUUAGGUGAGUAAUGUUUUCCUACAGUGUGACUCAAGGUGCCCAGGAAGGCCAGAUUUCCAAGCUGUGGGGCCAGGAAUGAAGUGGACACCUGCAGGAGGAGGGUGGUAGAAACCUGCCUUGUCUUGUGCUCUUGAAUAUAUGACAGGAGCUGGGCCUGUGGAGGUUUACUAGAGCUCUCCAGUACCUGGACUGCAGGCCCUGCUGGAGAUCCCUGCUUGUGCAAUGGGACUUUGUGCUUGGGUUUGCUGGUACCUCAGAGGCAGAGGAGUGCUGGGAGGGCUUCAGACAUUACAGCUGUUUCAAUUGAUCCACUAUUUCUUGUUUCCAAGGACAGAAGCGUUCAUGGAUGUGCAUAGUCCUCAUGCAUCUUUCCUGAUUGGAGAUGAAUUUCUUCCUGAUGAGAGGAGCUCUUAUUCACCAUGGCUUCCUCUGCUCCUUCUGCUUGUUGCCUACCUGAAAUCCUCCUCAUCUCCUGCUGGCCUCAUUGUCCUUCCAAGAGCAGGCAAUCACACUCCCACUGCAGUGGGAAGAGGGAUAGGGUCAGUGGCUGAUAGCUGACAGCUCCUUUUUAUGUUCCCAUCUGUUCCCUCUUUUUCCUUCUAAUGAGAUCAGGUGCUGGAGCACACUGGGAAGACUUUUCAGUGUGAGAGGAAGUCACAAAUGAGGUACUUAGGUCCUUUCUGCUUUCAUCUUUGCUAGUGAGAGGCUGCUCAAAUCAAACCUGCAUCCUCUUGAGCUGCUCCUAGAACAGAUCCAAUAAAAAGAAACCUAAACUGUGUAGCGAGGCUGGCAGCCCUGGAUCAGGUGAGUUUGUACUGCAGUGCUGAGCCUUGCCUUGCAGAGAUGCAAAUCUGGCUGUUCUGAGGCUAUUUUUAAAAUUUUAUCGUUACUAUUUUUUUUUAGGUGGCUACUGUCUUGUCUUCUAAAACCUCAGCUAAUUUACGUGGUCUUAUCAUUCUUCAUUCCUUAGGGUGUUGGUGCUUCCCACACAGACCUCACAGCCUUUCUGAUCCACUUUCUUUUGUGUCACAAGUGGCUCCACUCUGGUUCUGUUCUGGGGUGCUUUCCCCACUGCUUUUGGGGACACCUGUUUAUGAUAGUGCUGGUUUUCCGUGGGUGGGAAUGUUUCUCUCAAGGAGAAACUGGAGCAGCUGUUUGGGGCUGUUUUUCAUUUUUGGCUGCUUGAUUUCAUGGCUGCUUUGGGGACGUGUGAAGGAUGGGAAGAGGUUCAAAGGAGAACUUACCGAACCCGCUUAAUAAUUCAGCGUGGUCAGUCUCUGUGGGGAAUGAGAAGUUGCCCCCCUGAUCCCACUGCCAAAAUGUGAUGUGGUGGAAGUUAAUGUGGGGAAAUAGCAUAAAAAAAAAACCCUUUACAGUCCAAUAAUACCCCCACAGCGUAGGGCAAGUGUUCUUUUUAGGGAUGCACUAGGUGCCCUGCUCAAGAAUUAGUAAGCACUGGUUCAGAUCCAGCCCAGGACAGCCUCCCUGUAGCUGCUCAUUAACAAAAGCUCCCAGUUCAUUUGGCAGAAGGCUGGCAGCUCUCGUGGUCAAUGUAAUGCUUGCAGGCUUCCCCAGCAUCUCUGAGUGCUGUGCUGUAGGGAGCUGCACCAGCUGGCCUGACAGCAGCAAGGAAACCAGCUCUUCCUUUCAGUGCUUCACAAGUGAUAAGUAAAACAAGCUACUCCCUUUGCAGCACUGCUUCUGGUGCUCUGUAGCUGCUGUAAUUGCUGUAGUGGUGCCAGGUGCUCCUAAGGGCUCAGGCUGGGUUUGCCUUUUCCAUGUGUCCCACUUAUAACUGUAGUUUUUUUUCUUGCUUCAAAUCACAGAACGAGAUGUUGGUGCUUAAAAAUGUUCUGCAGGAGAGAGAGGUCCUAGUCUUGGUGGCAGUGGAUGACAGACUUGCUGCAGAGCCUGGGAGACCUUUUCCAUGGACUCAGGACAAAUCCUACCACAAAUGGAGCUGCCAGGUGAUGCUGGAAACUGCAAGUGUUGAGCGAGCUGGUGUAGACCAGGUUAGGCAAGAGAAGGCUUUUUUCUGGUGAAGCUAGAUGAAGGAGUGAUCGUGGCAUCCAUCCAGUAUGGUCCUUGGAGCUGACUGUGGGAGCAUCCUAAUGGGGUAUGGGUGCCCAGGUAUUGCUGUGGGUAGGAUGCCAAGUAGUACUCGGGUUCCUGGUGGCCAGUUUCCUCGUGGAGUUACUUCUUGGUCAUGCUGCAUCUCUUCCUGCCUAAUCCUUGCUGAAGGAGCAGUGCUGCUUGAAGCAUCUCCCCCAGCUGUGAGAGGAGGGAGUCUGGGGACAAGACUGAUGUCCUCUUCCCGCAGAGGACAUGCUACCUACCUGCUUGGUACCACUGUUUCUGCCCUCCAGGAGAGCAGUGGAGUAGAGAUGCUCCGUGCAUAGGCUUCUGUGCCUCUGGUGGGGGAGAAGACCUGGUACUCCCCAACCUGUGGUGCUAAGUGGCCCUGGAUGGGGUGGAGAGCCUCCUGGCAGGGCCCUGCCAGCUGCUGGGAAGAGCCACACGUGAGGGAGGUGGGGCUGUCCACUGCUCUGCCUCGAUGGUCAGAAAAGACCAUGGGCACAUCAGAAACUCCCCUUGAACUGUGAAUAACUUCUUGAGUAGUAUGUAUUUAUUUUCUUGUGCCUUUACCCACUGGGGCAGCUGGCUGGAUUAAGUGGUUCUAUGGUAUGAAAGAAAACCUAGAGGGCAUUGCACUUGCAGGGGCCACGGUCUUUGCUUUGUUUUGAAGAGCUGUGGAGAAAAAAUAAUUUACUCUUCUCAAAUUUGAUGGCUGCACAGGCAAUGUCAGGGUCUCCGAAGUGUAUAUGUUUGAAAUAUUGUCUUGACUUUAGCAGGCAGGGAGAUGAAGGCUCAGGGUUUGGAAAUGAGAUGGAAAAUAAGCAAAAAGUGAAGAAAGGGUUGAUUGCCAUGGUGGGAAUCAGAAGGGAGAAAAGCAAACCCAGGGCUGUGCACUGAGGUACGUAUUACCAAAAAAAAUCAAUGUUUUCUCCUGCAAUGUGGGUUUGUAUUGCUGAGAGAAAAGCAGGAAAUGUGGCUGAAAGGAGCCAAGUUAAUUUCCCUUCUUUCUCAGAGGGGGGCAAAUAUGAAUCCUGCUUGAACUGAAGAGGAUUAUUUGUGACUUCAUGAAGAUGCAGUUGGGUGGGUCUCAGCUGGAUCCUUGCAGCCUCGAUGCAUCACCUCUCAGCUCUCCCAUGAGCCAACUUUGAUUGCAAGGGGAGGAUUCACAUCUUAUGUGUGACCUGAAACUAGUUUGAGAAACUGCUUCACUACCUUGAGCACUGGGCUGAGGAGCCUGGGGGCUGGGCUCAGCUCCUCUCUUAGCUUGCUGUGUGCCCCUCAACAGCUCUUCCUCUGCUUUCACAUCUGUAUCUGGGCAGAACGCUCUGAGGGGAUGCUCUUAAUUAAGACUUCCACAGCUCCAAGCGUGGUGAAGCCUGGGGCUUGGGUCAGAGAGCAGUGGGCUGCAGUCCUUUCCAUCCUGCAGAGCCUCUUAAAGCGUGUGUGUUUGUGCAAAGUGCGGCUUCAAUUUCAGGUUCAUUGCAGGGUUGCCUUCUGUCUGUAGAACCACUGCUGUGGUGAAGAAGCUACAGGAGGAGCUGGCUGUGGCCUCCCUCUGCUCCGCUGUCAGCAGUGAAGGGCGAUCUGGCUGAUGGUGUGCAUGUACAGCGACAUUUCCCUGCUGUCCACUGGGCUGUCUGUUGGGGGAUGCAAUGUAUUCAUUUCCUUCCAAGUCCCUGCUAGCUAGGAAAAGUAAUAAUCUGCAGUGUUUACCUUCCCUGUCCUCAGAAAUUAAGCAGCUUUGGCAGAACACAUGUGUUUUGCAAAACGCUGGAGCCCCCCGAGGGUUUUGCGUGCAAAAGCUGAGAGAGUCGAAUAAAGCCGUGUUUUGCACUGGGAGCACGCGCUCCAUCACCGUGCUCUCUGCAGCAAUCUUGCUGCAUCAGCUGGCCCCUGCUUCCUGCCAAGGUUUGGGGUGUUGAAGGGGUGCAAAGGGAGUUGUCUGUUCUGUGGGCUGUCUGUGGGUUUUGCAGGGGUUACCCAAAACAGGGAGGGCAGCUGGGUGGCUGAAAUAGUGGCUUUGGAAUUGAGGUCAGUGCAUAGGAAAACUCGUAGUAUGUACUUUUCCCCAUCCAGCGUGUUGGAGCUCCCCUAUCCCAGGCUUCUUCCGUGCUGUUAACUCUGCUUUGCUUUGCAAAUAAUUUGUCUAGGAAGAAAAACAGCUGCUUCAACUUUGUGCAACAUCUUGACAAGCCUUAAUCUAAUACUUAAUCUAAAGCAAAAUAACCAGACUAUCAUAGAAUGGUUUGAGUUGGAAGAGACCUUAAAGACCAUCUGCUCCCUCUCCUUGCAGUGAGCAUGGAGACCCACAGCUCCAUCAGUGCUCAGAGCCCUGUGCAGCCUGACCUUGGCUGUCUGCAGGGAUGGGGAACCACCACCUCUCUGGGCAACUUUGGUAUCCUUAGCACAGCAUCCAUCUGGGUUGGCUGAGACAUGGCUACCAGCAAGCUCCAUCAGUCCACGGGAUCCUCCAAAAGCCCCGAUGGGUUCCGGAAGAAAGUGGUGGCACCUUGUAACCCAAAGCUGGUCACUGAGGCAGAGGAGCCUGUAACACUGACUCCUUCUGCCUUCCUGAAGGAGAUGUCCCUCACCACGGAGCAGAGGCUGGCCAGCACUCACAGCACGCGGCGGCCCCGUGUUAUCCAGCUCCUGGACAUGAGUGACACCUCCCAUCAAAAGUUCUCCUCAGUUGACCUGGAUCAGACCUUGUUCCAGCCUUUCCCAUCCGAGGUGGUGUUCCAGAGUUACGUCCCCUGCGAGGUCUAUGAGGUACCCCUGGUUCUGAGGAACAACGACGUGGUUCCUCGGCUGGUGAAGGUCAUCUUGGAGAACUCGCCUUACUUCAAGCUGAUCAGCCCUGGUGACGUGAGCCGUAAAGUAGCGCCUGGCAUGCCUUCAACUUUCCGCAUCCUUUUCACCCCUGAGGAGAACAAGGACUACUUCCACCAGCUCAUCUGCAUCACGGAGAGGGAGAAGUUUGUGGUGCCCAUCCGAGCCAUAGGAGCCCGAGCUAUCCUGGACUUCCCCGACCAGCUCAACUUCUCAGUCUGCCCAGUCAAGCACAGCACCCAGAGAACUCUGCUGGUUCGCAAUGUUGGCAACCGAGAGGCUCGUUACCACAUCAGCACCCACAGCCCUUUCUCUGUUGAUCCCUCCGUUGGGACCCUUAGGAUCGGUGACACCAUGCAAGUAACGGUGGAGUUCCACCCACUGAAGACUGGAGACCACUGCGGGUCCUUGGUGGUUCACUACGACACAGGUGAAGAUGUUCUCACAAGCCUGUAUGGAGCAGCAGUGGAUGUCAACAUCAGGCUGGACAGGAACUCUUUGAUGAUUGCGAAGACUUACCUCACGCUGGCGAGCCACAGAUCUGUAGUCAUCCACAACCGGAGUGAGAUCAUAGCCCACUUCCAGUGGAAGGCUUUUGUUACUCAGGAAGAGGAGGAUCAGCAGAAGCUGAGGCUGUGUCACAGGCUGCGGAGGCAGGAGGAGGACGAGAUGGAUCGCUUUAUUGAUGAGUGCAUGGUGGACCCCUCUCUGCGGGAACGCCUUUCCGUUCUCUCCCGUGUCUUCCAGAACCACCGUGCAAAAGUGCAGGGAGACUCCAUGCUCUUCUCUGAUGACAUCUUCGCCAUCGAGCCAGUGGAGGGAGACGUCUGGCCGAAUUCUUCCGCUGAAAUUAACGUGAUCUUUAGACCCCGAGAAGCCGGGCUCUAUCAGCAGACCGUCUACUGCGACAUCUCAGGCCGCGAGACCAGGCUGCCCCUGCGCAUCAGAGGGGAAGGUGAAGGGCCCCGGCUGCGCUUCAGCUUCGACCAGCUGGACAUUGGGAAGGUGUUUGUGGGCUCAGCCCACAGCUACGAGGUGAUCCUGUUUAACAAAGGACCCAUCGACGCUCUCUUCCACAUGGUGCCUCCAACCACAGCGCUGGGCUCCUGCUUUACCUUCGUUCCCCGCGAGGGCCUGGUCCCCCCGGGAGGCCUGCAGCACAUCCGCAUCUCCUUGCGCUCCACCAUCCUGGGGCAGUUCACUGAGGAGUUCGGGGUCAGCGUGCACGGCUGCCCCCAGCCCGUCACCUUGACUAUCAGGGGCUGUGUCAUCGGACCAACUUUCCACUUUGAUGUACCUUCCCUCCACUUUGGUGACGUCCCCUUUGGCUUUCCCUGCACUUUGUCGUGCCGCCUCAGUAACACCUCCUUGGUGCCCAUGACGUUCAGCCUCCGCAUUCCCGGGGAUGGCUCCGGAGCCCCCAGCGUGAGCAGCUCAGUCCAGGUGAUGGACAACACUCACAUCUCGUGGAGGAUGGGGCUUCCGUCUUACCCCAAGCCCACCGAAUUCACCGUGACACCCAGCAGCGGGACCAUCCGUGCCCAGGGGACGCUGGAUGUGCAGGUCACUCUAUGCUCCAACACAGUGAAACAGUACGAGCUGGCGCUGGUGGUGGAUGUGGACGGCGUUGGCAAGGAGGUGCUGGCACUUCUCCUUACAGCCAGGUGCGUGGUUCCCCCGCUGCGGGUGCUCAGCCCCGUGGUGCCCUUCGGGCGCUGCUUUCUCCAGCACCCCUACCAGCGGGCGCUGACCCUGGUGAACGACGGCAACGUUCCCGGCUGCUACGGGCUCCUGCCCCAGGAGCACCAGGAUGGUGCUGCUGUGUGGUACUCCAGCCCCGCGCCGUGCGGGAUCGUCCAGCCCCGCAGCUCGGUGGAGGUGCUGGUGACGCUGCAGGCUCAGGUGAUAGGCGAGCAGCAGACGGCGGCUUUUGUUGCGGUGUUUGGGAGAGAGGAAUCCCCGCUGGAAAUCCAUUUAGCGAGCACUGGAGAAGGCCCAGUUGUCUACGUGCAACCGAGUAAGCUAAAUUUCGGCCGUAUCCCAGUUCUGCAAGAUGUUUCCAAAACUCUGCACCUCUUCAACCAGGCUGUCAUCCCUGCAUCGUUCUGGACAGAGAUGGAUCGCAAAGAUUCGUGCUGGAGGGUUGAACCCAGACAAGGCGUCAUCCUCCCCGAGACUGAGGUGUCGGUGGCUGUCAUAGCCAACCUGGACGACACCAGGAAAUUCCAGGACAACAUGAACCUCUUCAUAGAGAACAGCAGCACCUACGUGAUCCCCGUCCGGGCUGUCGGCAUCGGCACCACCAUCGUCACCGACAAACCCUUUGCACCAGAGCUCAACCUGGGGCCGCACUUCAGCCUGAGUCUCUUCUCCUAUCACUUCAAGAUAACGAACAAGGGAAGGCGCACCCACCAGCUCUACUGGACCACAGAAGGCUUCGCCCCGUUCCGCCAGCGUGAUCGCCUCCCAGCCGUGGGUGACACCAAGGACAGCUUCCGCCAGGGCCCUGUGUUUAGGCUUUGGCCGCUGAGGAUGGAGCUGAUGCCAGGCAGGACGAUGGAGAUGACACUGGAAGGCUUCUCCAGCACUCCAAGGGUGGUGACGGAGCGGCUGCUGUGCCACGCCAUCAUAGGCAGCAAGGCGGGGAAGACUCAGGUCAUGCAGGUGGACGUCACGUGCGAGUUCGUUGCCCCUGUCCUGCAGAUCUCCUCCAGGGAAAUCACUUUCUGUGUGGAGAAGCAACCCAGUGAUGUCCUAACUGCUCAGCACGAACCCCUGCACUUGAAGAACAUCUCCUCCCUGCCGCUCAGCGUGGUGCUGCUCAUGGAGCAGCCCUUCUCACUCUGCGACGUGGAGCAGCGGCCCCUCCCCGCAGGCACCCAGCCACUAAAGCUGAAGACUGGGGAGGAACUUCACCUCUCCAUCAGAUUUAACCCUGCUUACAAAGAGGAUUUGAACAUCCGGGUAGCAGAGCGGGCUCUGAAAAUACGAUUUCUUGAGCACCCUCUUGAGGAGCAGGUUGUCGUUCGGGGAGAGGUCUACUUUCCAAAUCUUGACAUCGAGACCAUGGCCGUGGACUUUGGCUGCAUCUUGAAUGACACCGAGGACGUGCGUUACGUUGAGAUGACCAACUGCAGCCCGCUGCUCGUCCGGUACCGCUGGUCGUUCCUGGCAGGUGGCCAUGUGAGCCAGAUGAGAUUCAGCCCUCCGGUACCUAAAUAUUUCAUCAAACCCCAACCAAAGAAAGAAGAGGGAGCCCCGACGGAGCCCUUGGCAUCAGUAGAGAACAGCAGCCAUGACAUGGGUGAGAAGGAGGCAGCCCAAGCAGUGGGAGCAGCAGGGGAACCUGCCCCAGUGCCAUCAGAUGCAGAUGAACCCCUGGAGACACAGCUGCUACCACCUGCUGUCAAGGAGCUGGAGAGUGCUGCAAAGAUGGUGAGUGCUGCAGAGACUCAGAGCCUGGUGGAGACCAAGGAACCGAUGGAGUUUGUGGAGAACGAGCCCCUCGCCUUGGGUGUGGAGGAGGUUUUUGACAUCCUGCCGCUGUACGGCGAGCUGCAGCCAGGUGAGAGCCAGCAGGUCACCUUCACCUUUUUUGGUCACGCCAACCUGGUGGCCCACGUCACAGCACUGUGCGAGGUGCAGGGGGGUCCAACCUACGAGGUGAUGCUCAGCGGGGAGGCCUCAGUCAUCAGCUACCUCCUCGAUGUCACAGAGAUCAACUUGGGGCUGCAGCUGUUUAACGAAGUCACCGAGGCGGAGCUCACCCUGCAGAACAGCGGCAAGGUGGGAUUCCAGUACCGGGUGCUGAGCCCCAGCGACAGCCCUCUGCCUGGAGUGCCCCUGGCGCUGCCCAGCACGGGUUAUGUUGGACCUGGUGAGGAGCGGGUGCUGGAGGUCUCCUACCUGCCGGGAGUGCCUGGAGCCUUCUGCAGGGCUUUCCAGAUCCAAGUGGGGCACCUGGAGCCAGAAACCAUCACUCUGAAAGGGGAGGGGAUCUUUCCCAGGAUCUGCUUGGAUCUGCCCAGGAAUAUCAGAGGAAACGAAAAGUAUGAGAAGAUCCUCCAGGAGGUGAGAGAGAGGAUGGAGAAAGAGAGCCAGAGAGAUGAAGCAGUUGUUCUGGGAGAGGCCACGGCCACUGAGACACCCGUGGAUGACCUGGACACUGUGUUGGACAUCCGGCUGCAGAUGCAAAUGGAAGAGAUGCUGGUAGAGGAACAUGCCUUGGAGCAGCAAAAGCUCUCAAGCUCCCCAGAGGAUUUGGUCUUUGACCAGCGAGCUCGUCAGAGGCUUCUCAGGGUGCAGCUGCCUGAGUACGUCUUGGACUUUGGCUAUGUCAUCCUCAGUAACAUCUACACACACAUAGUGAAGAUCACCAACACUGGGCAGCUGCCCGUGUCCUUCUGUGCAGAUGGACGGGUCCUGCGUGGCACAGGUUUCACUGUAGAGCUGGACCGCGUGACGAACCUGCCGUACUGCGAGACCGAGACGUUCGAGGUGCGCUUCGACCCGCAGGGUGCCAGCGUGCCGCUGGGAGCGAUGGACGUGCUGCUGCCCAUCAGGGUCACAGGAGGCCCCACGUUUCACCUCUGCCUUCGUGCCUGCGUGACUAUGCCAUCCCUCUGUGUCUCGAGGGACAGCCUGGAGUUCUCCGCUGUCCAGUGCGGGCAGUGUCAGGAGGAAACCAUCCAGCUCUACAAUCAGUUCCAGGUGCCCUGUAAAUGGUUCAUCACCAUGAAGGAGCCUGUCAAGAAGGUGGACAAACAUUUGCCAGCAAACGUGAGACGGAAGCUGCUGCAGGAGCUGAAGGCCAAGCCCUGCGUCUUCGAGGUGCUGCCCUCAGCUGGGGACCUUGCUCCAGGGCAGCGAUGCAACGUGCGGGUCAGGUUCACACCCACUGAAGAGAGAUCCUACAGAAGUGAGCUGAAGAUUAACAUUUGCCAGAGCAGCCAGCCCCUCCAGCUGCAAGUCUCAGGGCAUGGGCUCGAGCCACAACUGGAGUUCGACCCCCCAGUGCUCGAACUGGGACCGCUGCUGCCGUACAGCAGUGGGGCAGCGGGGACAGUGGUGGUGAAGAACCCAUGCAAGUUCCCCAUUGAGUUUUACUCGCUGGAAUUUGACCAGCAGUACCUUGUUGAGGAGCAGAUCCUGCGGGUGCUGAAGGACUACAAUGGCCGCAAUACCCUACUGCUGCCUCCACGAGCCCCAGGUGAGAAGCUGCCCCCGGAGGUGCUGGAGUACUACCAGGACCAGAAGAGGCUGCAGGAUGAGCAGGCGAAGUCCAGGACUGGGGAUCCAGCAGGCCAGGACAACGCCAGCAGUGAAGACAUCCAGUCUCUCUCGGAUCCAGGAGGAAAGAGCUCUGCUGGCAUCGUUCGCACCCUCUCAUCUCAUUGCUCGGUCAUUCCUCUCUCCACUUUGGACGGAAGCCAGUCUAACAAGGUGGACUCUAAAUCUGAGUGGGGAGAAGAGGAGGAAGAUGUUGAGAAAAGACAUGGCACAGGAUCUGAGCGGAUGGGGAAGAAGUUGAGAAUCACUGGUGUGCAGGAGGCUGAUUUUUGUACCUGGUUCUGCCUAGCAGAACAUCAGCAGAGCAGCAGCAGCAGCAAGGAGGCUGCAGGAGAACUGGACGACAGCCCUGUCCUCAGAGCCAUUGCUCGCCACCUGGGCAUCGAUAUCUCUUCUGAAAGCCGCGCGGCCCGAAAUCGCCGUGGGAUCGCCAUCAUCAUCCAUGGGGCACCCCUGACAGGAAAGACAUCAGCCGCAGUCGCCCUCUCCAGACACUAUGGCGCGGCCUGCUUGUCCAUCGACUCGCUGGUGAUGGAGGCCAUCUCCGACAGGAGCAGCUCAGCCGGGCUCCGCGCACGGGAUCUGUGCCUCAGGGCUGCCAUAGAGCAGAGCCAGAGGGAGGCGGAGGAUGCUGGUCAAAGCACAGACCCAUCCGCCCCUCAGCUCAGCGCUGAGCCCAGGCACAGCCUGGACAUGAGCCAGACCAGCUCUGGGGACAAGACCAGCCUGCACUCUGUCAGCUCCCGCAGCAGGGCGAGUGCAGCAAUAAGCAGGAGGAAAUCAGAUAUCCACGCAUCCCACUCCCAGAAACAGCAGCUCACGGACCCGGCAGGCCCACAGGGCUUCUCCAUCUCUCAUCGCUUCUCACUGCUUCCCUGCGUCCCCGUGCAGCGGCGGCUGAGCAUCGAAGGCAGCGUAGCGGGAGAUACAGGCUUGAUGAGCUGCGUGCUGCCCGAGGACGUGCUGGGGGCCAUCCUCUCAGAGAGGCUGCAGCUGAGUGACUGCUACCAGGGAGUGGUGUUCGAUGGCCUGGAGACCCUCUUUGCACACAGCAUGGCAUCUGCUCUCCUCUGCCUACUCAAAGCUGUCAACAACCGGCCUUGCAUCUAUUUUGUGAACCUGUUCCAGGACUAUGCCUCUUGGAAAGCCAAAGAGAUGGCCGCAAAAGAGCAGGAAGAACGGGAGCAGGAAGAAGCUGCCAGGAGGGAGAAGGCACGCCUUCAGGAGAUGGAUGAGGAGGAGUAUGAUGCCCUCACUGAGGAACAGAAAGCUCAGUUUGAUUACAAUAUACUACAAGACCAGCGUGAGAGGAGGAUGAGGAGGAUGGAGCAGCUGGCUCGAGAGCUUGAAGAAAGGCAGAGGCAAGAACUAGAGCGCUUGAAGGAGGAAGAAGAGCUGAAGAAGAAGUCUAAGCGGGGGAGGAAAGAGCAUGGAAAAGAAAAAGACAGUGCCCUGGGGAAGAAAAGCCAGCAGGGAGGCAGACAGAAUGCCACUGCAUCCACCAGCAACACCAACGUGUCCACCGGCAACCGCUCAGACACCAGCGAUGGGGUAGACAAAAAGGGGACUACAAAGGAGCACCCGGACUCUGCUGUAGGUGACAAGGAUGAGAAGAAAAAGUCGAACAAGGUUCCCGUGACAAAUGCCAGCCCAGCGGUGCCCGUGCAACCCAGCACCACAGAGCAGGAGGAAGCCAAGGAGAAGACGCUGAGCGACAGCGAGAAGAUCUUGGCCAUGAGGUUUAAGAUUUAUGAGGCAUCACAGAAAGAUAUCGCACAUAUUUUGUCAAACUGGGACAGGGUUCAGGGCAUUCUGGCGUCCACUUGGAACCAGGAGGAGGCAUGGCAGCAGGCAGAAGAGCAGAACACACAUUUAUCCAGCCGCAGGAGCAGGAAGGACAGGGAGAAGGAGCGCCAGGAGAAGGAACGGCAGGAGAAGGAGCGCCUGGAAAAACUGAAGGCUCUCAAGGAAUCCCAAGGGCAGGAAGGGGAAGAUGCAGAAGGGUCAGCAAAAGGCCAGGACAUCGGGGUGCCUUGCUUGGAUAUCCAGGUGCUGGGCACAGAGGAUGUUAUUGGGAAGAUCCUGGAGAGUGGCAAGCUGCCCCCAGCAGAGCAGAUCCUGGAUAGCCUCGGACUGGGUCCCUCAGGGCCUCCCAUUCCUCCUACUGCAUUUUACUCUGUGAUCCGCUACCCGGAGAAGCGGGAGGCCCCAACAGGAGAAGCCCUCAAGCACUUCAUCUUUGUAGUGCCAGAAGGUGCGAUGGCAGAAGAAGAAAAGAAGGAAUCUGACAGUCUUGUGGAUGCCCCCGUCACGCCUACCAUGAAGGUGUCAGAGGAGCAGCUCACCCCCACCAGAGGGAAAGCGAGGAAGGAAAAAGCUGAGGGAAGCCGGGAGGUCAAGAAAGAGAAGCAGAGCUCUGCCCGGAGCAAGAAAAAUCUCCAAGGGCUGGGCACGGGAACAUCAACACAUCCCGCUGAUGUGGAGCAAAGCAGCGUGGAUGUGGGCCCCUCUCUGGGGAAGCCCAUCAGGCUGAGCAGCUGCCGGUGGAUCGUGCCUGCCCAUGGCCAGGUUGAGCUGAAGGUACACUUCGCCUCCAUGGUGCCAGGCCAGUUUGACCAGACAAUGAAUUUUGAGGUGCUCGGGACAAAGCGACUGUACCAGCUGCACUGCAGGGGCACCUGCGUGUAUCCCACCAUCAGCCAGGACCCACGGGUGGUGUUUCCACACCGAAGGAAGAGCAAAGCAGACAACGACGUCAUCUUCAAGCAGUACGUCAUGAGCACGGGUGUGUUCCACUUCGGGCCACUGCUCUGUGGGAAGUCCAGAGACUGGUACAAGGCGCUGCCCUACCGCAGCAACUGCGAGAAGAUAACCAUCCUCAACAUCACCCCCUUGGAAGCAGAGGUGCAUUUCUUCUUUGAGCACGAUUCCAAAGCAGACACGUUCAUUUUAGACCCUCCCAGCAUGACGCUGAAACCCAGCGAGAAGCAGGAGCUGAGCAUUUGGGCGUAUCCCACUUCGGCUGGCCUUGUGGAAGACAAGCUCGUGUGCUGCAUUAAGGAGAACCCGGAGCCGGUGGUCUUCCGCCUGUGCUGCCAAGGGGUGCGGGUGGAGCUGGGGGUCAGCCCCAAGCACGUGCACUUUGGGAAGCUGCUGGUGCACAGGAGGGACAGCAAGCAGCUGUUGCUGCGCAACUCCACUCUGCUGCCUGCAGCCUGGAGGCUCAGCGGGCUGGAGAACCUUGGUGAGGACUUCUCCGUAUCGCAAAGAGAAGGCACUGUGGGGCCCUGCGCAGAAUUGAGUAUCUACCUGUAUUUCAAAGCCACGAAGGCUCUCACCAUUAAGAAGACCAUCCGACUGGAGGUUUCAGAUGCAGAAAACAUUCUUGGGAUUGUUCAGAUAGAAAAUAUCCAAAUCCAAGCAGAAGUCUAUGACGUUUCUCUGAGCAUCACCAUUUCCAAAGGUAUGGAUGGCAACGUGGAUUUUGGAGUCCUCAAGGUGCAGGAUGAUGUAAAGCAAAUGCUGACCUUGAAGAACAAAGGGAAGUAUGAGAUUGCAUACAGCUUCACGAUAGAAAACGCAGAUACCGACAUUCCAGACUUGGCAUCCCACUUUGCCAUCCAGCCACAGAGAGGGGUGAUGGCCGCCUCUGAGCGCCCUGCGCACGUUCAUGUGAUCUUCCACCCCAGGGCAGAAAUAAAUAUUGAGGACAAACCCAUCCUGAAGUGCCAGGUGAUUGAGCCCAGCCUCUGCGAAGGAGGGGAGACCAUCGCCGUCAUCCCAGUGAAUGUGUCUGCCAAGGCCCUGUUCAGCAAGUACAGCAUCACCCCGGCCUCGCUCAUUGACUUCGGGACUGUGGUGAAUGGCACCAAGAAAACCUGCAGCUUCAUCCUGGAGAACAGAGGCAGGCUCGACUUCAAAUUCCUCAUCUACAAAGCAGAGCAGGAUGCAUCUGGGCUAAGAAGGAAAAGUGUCAGUCAAGGGAAGUCCAACCACUCCCACGAGGAUGAAGACAUCGAGGAAGUGCCCAACUCUGGGAAGCAAAAUAGGCAGUCUAUGCAGAAGGACACGAACCCUUUCAUGCAGGCACGUAUCACUCUCGGCAUGUUCACGGUGUACCCUGGCUUUGGUUCCAUCUGUCCUGGGGGCCAGCAGACCAUCACGGUGGAUUGCCAGGCAGAGCCAGUGGGGACAUGCGAGGAGCACCUAUCAAUCGAUAUCAGUGACAGAGACCCCAAAGACAAUCCCCUUGGCAUCCCGUACACCCUCUUGGCCGAGUCCUGCCUUCCAGCAUUUGUGGUUGACGACAUAGGUUCCAUCUUUGAGGAGCAUCGUAUCUGCAGCAAUGCCAACCUCUGCCAGAUCCUGCAGACUGUGCAGGACAAGGGUGUGUUCAUCACGGAUGAGAACAAGUUCAUCUUCACCAAUGUUCUGGUUGGGCACCAGGCCACAGCCCGCUUCAAGAUCCGCAAUGUGGGCAAAGUCCCCUGCGACGUGGUCCUCUCCGUCAAACCUGUCUCCGCUAAGCAUAACAGCCGCAUCAGCGACAUCUUUGAGGUGGAUCCUGCUCAGAUGUGUGUGCCCAGCCACUCCCACGCCUUCGCUACGGUGACCUUCACUCCGCAAACGAUGCAGAGCUACCAGUGCAUAUUUGAGGCUUCCCUUGAAACCCAGGCAAGCCCAGCAGUAAUUAAAGCACAAAGCCUGACGUUUGAUAUCAGUGGGGAGGGGAACCUGCCUCGGGUGACGGUCCUGCGCCCAGUCCUUCACAACAAGAGGGGCAACCCUCUGCUUCUCUUCAAGAAACUGUUGCUUGGUGAUUCAGAAAAGCUCCCUCUGGUCCUUCAGAAUGGCGGCAUCAUGCCUGUCCAGUUGCUGAUAGAUCUGUUGGACGAAGCAGGAGUUUUCUUCCUGAAAGCCAGGCCCACCACGCACUGUGUCUACCAGGCUGCAGAUAGGAAGGAGGAUUCUGCUGGAGAAGGGAGGAAGCCCCACGCUGCUUCCUUGGUCCUACACCAGGGGGAAUCAGCAGAGUUCGACGUGCUUUUCAAACCCAGCCUGCCCCAGCGUGUGGAAGGGAAGAUCCACCUGUCUGUGGUGGACAACCCCUAUGAGGAGACCGACAUCCAGCUGGUGGGUGAGGGCUACGAGGAUGAUUUCACAAUAGAUAACAUCCACGGACUCGUGGCAGACAGCUUUGAGGAGAACACUGAAGGCAGUCUGGAGGAGGACAUAAUUGAAGCUGCCAGAGUGGAUCACAUCCAGUUCGGGGACUGUCACAUCGGGAAGCCCUACCAGGUGACCUUCACGAUCACCAACCGCAGCAGGGCGGAGGCGAUGCGGUUCGAGUGGCUGGCGGGCACCCCCUUCCACUUCUCCCCCCAGGUGGGACACCUCCACGCUGGCUGUGCUAAGGACAUCACAGUGACCUUGAAGUCGGACGUUGCAGUCACCUGCCAAGCACAGCCUGUGAAGUGUAAGGUGGCCAGGAUCUCCUUCCAGCUGCCACCAGAGCAGGUCACCGACUGGGAUGACCGCCUGCAUACCGUCAAGUGGGUGGAUGCCACCAGGGGUGAGGCAGCUAUGUGGCCAGUCAAGAAGAAGGUGAUCGAGACAGACCCAGAACCAGCUCACACCGUCCUGGAGAAGAGCAGCCGUGAAGUGGAGCUCCGCCUGAGCGCUGUCGUUGAUUAUGCUGACUUCAAGCUGGAUGUGGAUGCGAUUCAGUUCAAGGAGACCUUGCUCUUCCAGACAAGGACAUUUCAUUUCCGGCUGUCCAAUACAGGGAACGUGGCCCUGGAGUACACCUGGAUGGCGGACAUGGGGGAUGAGAGAGCAGCGAGCCCAGCCGGGCAGCUGCUCCCAGCUGAGCUGGAAGGACGUUGCCUCUCCUCCAUGUCUGUUGCCUCUGCGAAGCUCCCAUUUGGCUGGCUGGGCCACGCUCUGGAGCACACCUCGUCCUCCCUGAGCUCACCCACAAGCCUUGGCCACGCCACCCCACUGUUCUCUGUUGAGCCCCCCAGUGGCACCAUCCCUGCUGGCCAGGAGCAACUCUUCCAGAUGAAGUUCUCCCCGGUGUACGUGGGGAAGUUUAAGAGCUGCAUGGUCUGCAGCAUUCCUAACCUGAAGCCAAAUCAGAAGGGCCCAGAGGUGGUUGUGAAGGGGAAAAGCCUGAUGCCACAUUGCCACUUUGAACUGGAGGAUUCUGACUACAUCACUGCAAAGAGGCGCAAACAGGAGCUGCCGGAGCCCGAAGAGGCAGUGCAAGAUCUCAAUACCAGAGUAAUCGAGUUUGCAGCAACUGGGGUGGGCGGCAGGAACAGCAGGACCUUCACAGUGAUGAACCCAACCAGUUCUGCAUACUCCUUCCAGUGGACAUGCCAGGACGCUGAAGCCCCACCAGGGCAGAGAGCUUUCUUCUGCCUGACAGAGAGAGGGCAGAUCCAGCCCGGGAAGAAAGCAGAGAUCAAAUUUGAAUUCAUCCCACGACAUCUGGACGUCACCGAGUCCUUCUGGGUCUUUACAAUCCCUGAGAAGAGCAUUUCAGUCCAGUUCCUGCUGGUGGGACACACCACUGAACCACUCGUGACUCUGGACAGGUCCCAUUUGAACUUCCACUUGCUGUUAGUUGGGCAUAAGGUACACCAGACCAUCUAUAUGAUCAACAGUGAGAAGGAGGCCUUCAGUUUUGCUUUCAGAGAAAGCUCACUCUUCUCAGAGGGAUGCAGCAGCUCAGUGAAAGUAGAGCCCAUGGAAGGCUCCAUCGCUCCCCUUUCAAGGUUUCCCAUUACAGUCGUCUUCGUGCCAACACUAGAAGGCGAAGUGGUCUUCAACCUCAAGUGCGACGUCAAGAGGAAGACAGAACCCCUCUCCCUGAAUAUCAAGGCCGCUGGCUACAGCAUGAGUGUGUCUGUCAGGUGUGAGGACAGCGAUGGCAGCGUCACUAAGCUCAGUGAACAGGAGAUCAACGUCAUUGAUUUCAAGGAGGUGCAGCUGAAUGAGAGCACCCAGCGCACUUUCAGCAUCCACAACAACGGCAAGUUCAGCUUCACCUUCUUGUGGGAGCUGCGCGGCCCCGCAGCCCGGCUGCAGCUCCUGUCCCUCAGCCCCCAGUCGGGCAGCGUGCGAGCUGAAGGCAAGGUGGACACCGAGCUGGUUUUUCACCCACGGAAAAUGUGCUCGUUAAAGGACGUAGAGCUGACGCUGCAGAUCAGCAAGGGUCCCAUGUUUACCUGUGUGUUCCUGGCCACCGUGGUAGUGCCCUCUGUCCACUUCUCAACCACCAGACUCAACUUCGGAGCCUGCUUCAUCUAUCAGGCCGGGAUGCCACCUGCCCGGCAGACCCUUGCCAUCACGAACAAAGCAGACAAGGAUGUCAGUCUGAGCUGCUUGUUCACCAACACCACGCACUUGGAGGUGGACUUCCCAGGGUACAUCCUUUGCCCAGGAGGGACGGUGGUGGUGCCCAUCACUUUCUAUCCCAGAGAAGUUGCGUCUUACCAUGAGCUCAUCCCUUUUGAAAUCAAUGGUCUUUGUCAACAGACUGUUGAGGUCCAAGGAAGGGGUGCAGAAAUGAAGGUGGACGUUGUGGAACCCCAAGGGAAGGUGGUGAAGCUGGGAGCCCUCUCUGUGGGACAGACAGUGAAGAAGAUUGUCACCAUAGCAAACAACAGUGUUGCCCCUCUCACUUUUAAGCUCAGUUUCAUGCCCACCGUGCCAGAACUGCAAGAAGAUGGGGUUCUCUGCUUGCACCCCAGCAGUGAACUAAGUUUGAAGCCCAAAGGAGACACCUGCAAAGUGGAGGUGAUCUUCUCCCCAAAGCGCCGCAUUCAGCCGUUCACUGAAGAAGUGAUGCUGGAGAGCAGCGGGCUGCUGCACUCCCUGUUCAUGGUACGGGGCUCCUGCCAGGGAGUCUGUGUCAGCUUGGACCAGGAUCGCCUCAGCUUUGGAGCAGUGGUGCAGCGGAGCUGCACAUCCCAGCGCAUCACCAUGCAGAACACGGGCGACAUCGGAGUCAAGUUUAAGUGGGACGUCAAGAGCUUCAAGCCAGAUUUCUCCAUCAGCCCCACAAAGGGUUACAUCUCCCCAGGAAUGGAUGUCUCCUUCGUGGUGAGCUUCCACCCAUCAAAGCUGAGCCUUGCUAUCCAGUAUGAGGGGCUGCAGUGCUUCAUCCAGGGCAGUGAGCCGCUCUGCCUUACGCUGGCAGGGUGCUGCACAGAGACCCCCGUCAUCAAAGAGACACUGACUUUUUCAUGUGAUGUGCGUGGGAAGGACAGCCAGACCAUCCUCCUGUCCAACCCAAGCAAUGAGCCCUGGACCGUGAAGCCUGUCAUUGAGGGUGAACACUGGAAAGGGCCUGAAUGCAUCCAUCUUGAGGGCAAUCAACAAAACAAGCCCUACAAGAUCACCUACAAGCCCCUAACCAUGAGCUCUGAGGAAAGGAAACAUGAGGGCUCCAUCUUCUUCCCAUUGCCAGAUGGGACAGGCUUGUACUACCUCCUGGAAGGGACUGCUGAGGGCCCAGAGUGCUCAGGGACCAUUUUUCGGGAGGUGCCAUGCAGGACUCCCUACACUGAGCUCCUCCCUGUCUCCAACUGGCUGAAAAAACCACAGAGGUUCCUUGUGGUAACAGACAUACUCAAACCAGAGGACCUGGACAGUGGUUCUUUGCUGCAUGGGCUGGAAUACAUUGAUGUGCCUGGCUCCGGCAAGAAGGACUACAAGCUCACGUUCCUCUCCUACAAGGAAGGAGUCUUUAGCGCAAUGGUGACCUUCAUCAAUGAGGUGACCAAGGAAUACUUGUUUUACCUGAUCACUUUCAAGGCCACCGCUUCAGGACCCCUUGGCACUGUCGAAGUGAGCGCUGCUGUCCGGCAGAACGUGUCUUCCAUUGUCAAGGUGGACAACCCUCUGGCUGACCCAGUGGUGUUUGACAUAGAUUGCAAAGCGCCUGACAUCACCGUUCCCCCACAUUUCACUGUUCCCGCUCAGUCAGAGGCCAAUCUUGUCUUUGAGUACCAGCCCUUGAAGGUAGGUGAGAGCACUGAGCGCCUGAUGCUCCAUAGCAGUGAAUUGGGCUCAUGCUACUACGAACUGAUCCUGAAAGCCACGAUUAGCAAGCCGGAGAAGCCACUGUACUUCUGCACCACGCUGGGCUCCAACCAGACCAUCACCACCAAAAUUAUGAAUUACAACCGCCAAAAGACAGAAUAUAUCCUCCAGACUGACUGUGCUGAUUUCCAGACGGAGAAGACCAUCAGCACGCCGCCUGCCGCCCUGGGGGGCUCGGAGGUGAGCGUGGAGGUGAUCUACGAGCCCUGCCAGCUGGGCGAGUCCCGGGGCACGCUGCAGCUCUUGGGCCCCCCAGGCGGGGAAUACACCAUCCCGCUCUUCGGCCUCGCCCUGCCCCCCAGGCCGCAGGGCCCCUUCCUCAUCAAGGCCGGCGGCAGCACCUCCAUCCCCUUCAAGAACAUCUUCCCCCAGCCCACAACCUUCAGGUACAGCGUGGAGAACCCAGCCUUCGCCGUGCGGGCCACCGAGACCUUACGCCCCAAGAAGACCGUCUUCAUGGCCGUCUCCUUCCAGGGCAGCCCGGACGGCACCAAGGUCCCCGUCACCAGCCGGCUGGUGGUCUCCUGCGCCCGAGCGGAUGGCCUGGGAGCGGGCGUCUCCUGGGUGUUCUACCUGCGGGGGCUGCCCCCUGAGAAGUGACGGGGAUGGGUUGAGGGCAGCCUCCGUGGGCGCGGAGCCGGCUGAGGGGGCUCGUGGUGCUGUCGCGGGGACUGUGACACGGUUUGGAAUAAAGACACGGGCAGCGCAGA